AAGGUAAUAAAAAGAUUUAAAGAGUAGUUUUAAAUCCAGCUCAAAUUAACUGCUGUUAAACUGCGUAUGAGUUUCUGACAGCUCAGGUGAGGAAUGUUUUUGAUGAGUCGCUGUUCUGGUUUUGGAGGAACUCGCUGGGUCACAUUCUGCUCAUAACUGUAACCCUCCCAGGUCUGAAACAUCCUGUAACUCAGGCGGCUCCGUGGACUAAAGUUAGUUCUGUGGAAGAAAAGGAGAGAGCAGUCACAACCGUCGCAGCUUCUUUUAUAUCAAUUCUACGAUCAGAUGCUCAAACUGAAGGCAAGUGGCGUCCUUUGGCAUCAUUUCGGCUGCGGCUCUUCUUCUCCUCUGGUCGCCCGGUCAAUGCAAGCUUCUGCUCUCUGGUCACAUUUGGUCAAUCAUCAAGCUGGUUGAAGCAGAGCCAUGGAGGAACGAACUGACAGCCCGAUCGCAGUGAAAGUGGAGGAAAGCUCCCACAGCGUGGUCCUCACCUACUUCCAGGGGGACAUAAACAGCAUGGUGGACGCUCACUUCUCACGGGCUCUCAGCAAAGUCUGCAAACCGACAGAACUCUCCAGCAAGACAAAGAAUAUCCACAAACCUAUUAAAAAUGAGCACAUAAACACCUGUCAGGACAGCAUGUCUUACUCCAAGUCCCUGGUCUCACCUGAAGCAGGACACAUUGUGAGCUUCAGCUCUCCAAACGAGGUUCCUGCUUCCUGGACUCCAAUCAGGACUAGAGAGGGUCCGGGGAUGCCGACCAUCAUGUGCCACAUGACCCCAGAGGGGCAGUGUUUUACCGGACAGCAAUAUUCUGCAUCCUUGCUCAACCUGCUGCACGGCGACCGGGGGGACAUGGGACCCAGCGUGGCCUCCAGCUCCAAACCAGAACCAGUACCCGGCUGGACAGUCCCUCAGGGGUUUAGAGACUCUGUGGACCCUCCUGGUUUUGAACCAGAACGACAUGGGGACAAGAAGGACAUUUACUGGUACUGAUGGAAAACAACAGCAACAGCGUGAGCAGAGGACAGAGGACAUCUAAUGCUGUUUUUCCCGUCAAACACCCGAGUGUCUCACUGGAACAGAAUUUAAAGAGCUGUGUUUCUGUUUCCUGCUUCCUGCCGCACUCGCUUCAUUCUUCACUGAAAUGACCUCGGUACCUGAUCCUGCACCGGUUCGGCCUGAGAACACCUCGCUGACAAACCAGUUCUGCCAGUUUCAUCAUUCCUCUUUUURUAAAUCUUAGAGCCGUGCAUUUUCACUCCCUUUGCAGCGACGCCAGAUGAAGUGCUUUCUUUCCAGGUUUACGCCAGUGUUAAAGUGUGAGGAAAUGUCAACAAGAUAUUUUACCUACAGUUCACUUUGAUGGGUUUAGGUUCUGUGAAGUUCUAUAAAAUGUGCAUGCAAUAAGAAGGAAAGCAUUUUUUUUUACAAUAUUUUGUUAUAUAAUGUAAAAAAACGAUGAACAUAUGAAGGAACAGGUGAUAGUUUUAAGCAUCUGUGUAAAAAAGAAAGAAAAGUUUUAAAUGGUGAAAUGUCUUUAAUAAAGUAACUUUAUAUUAAGUUUUUGUACAGCAAACUGUGUAAAAUAUCCAGCGGUGACCCCCUGUAGGGAAGUUUGAAACAGAAGUCUCCAGGUUUCUACAUGAAAGUUUCAGAGCAGGUUGUCUGAUCCUGGCACUCGGCGGCUGUGAUCCUGCAUGUUUCAGAUGUUUCUCUGCUUUGACACACCUGAUUUGCAUGAAUGAGAGAUUAACAGGCUUCUGCAGAACUUGAAGAACCGCUGAAGCGCGCUGCAGGAUCGGACACCCCUGGUUUAAAAGACGAGCAGUAAAGCAGGAGAUUUCUGGGUUCAAACCUCUUGUUUCUGUUUCAUUUGGACUCUGAAACGUCCUCUGAGCGUUUAAAACAACACGAGUUUCUGAUUUUAAAGAGUCCCGACACAAAAACUGUUUWAAUUUUUGAAAAAUGCAUUUGGUUCAUUGCAUUAAUGGAAAGUACUGUUUACUUUACCACUCUGGUUUUAAAAUGAUGGUUAACUUAUGAUCUGUAACUUUUGUUUUUGAUGUUUAAAGGGCAUUUUGUCGCUGAGGCCUGAAUGUGUUUGGACACAAGCUUUAGCUGUGCCUGUAAAUAGUCCAACUAAAUUUACUUGAACAAUUUUAGAACCUCCUUUUACUUCUGCACAUCAGGUAUGGAAAAUAAAUGUGUUUGACAUUAAAUGUAUUAAGAAUUAUGCAUAUAAGCUCAUGAAUAAAUGAAUAAAUUGAACUAUUACAGUCUGAAAGGA